AUGGGAGUUUGUGUUUCGAAGGAAAAGAAAAACAAAAGCUUCAAAUGCGCUACAAAGUCUUAAUUAAACCUUUAAAAUUUUAUGAUAACUUAAGAUAAAUAAACGACUACUUUAUAUCACUCAACUAAAAUCCAAGCUGAAGUUUAACCGAGAGAAUAUGAUUAUACAAAUCCACAUCGAUAAUACAAUGUAUUAUUAAAUGGAGUGGUUUUUGCAGUUGUGAAUUCUGUUGAGAGAUCUUUCAACGAAGAGCCAAUCAAUAAUGAAGGUUGA